AUCUACCGGUAUGAGUUCUAAGCCCACAGUAGGUGUCUAUGUGAACUACGGUCUCUGGGAUCCCCUACGACUUGAUAUAAAAUUUCAGCGCAUUCCCAGAACGAACACAUUCCAUAAGGGAAGCACAACACGGAUUUGCCUGCAAGCGACUCUUAUCUCGAGCGACCUAGUAGCUACAUGAGAAGUAUCUUAAAUACAAUACUGGGAUUGCAUCUCAUAUGACAUGUAACGUGCAAGUUGGUAAAUAUACCAGGUUGUGGAUUGUUCGGUUCUGUUCCUCGGUCCUGCAGUAUCCGGGCCGGGCAAGUGGCAAAGGAACCAAUAUUGCGAUCGAGCCCGAGGUCCGAGCCGGUAUUUCCUGUAUGGAGUCUAUAUGCCGGGCAAGGCCAAUGCCCAGGAGUGUAAAGGCUGGUGUCCGUACGACUGGGGUGAUAGAUGAGCGGAUUCCAACUCAACCUGACCGUUGGGAACGUCCCUCGGACCGAAACGGAAGUAUCCUUAGAUAUGUCCUAUCAGCUUAUGCAAUAGUCUGUGUAGCGGCACGUUCUGAAGAACAGACUGGCUCUGAAUCAAACUGCCUCGCAUCGUUUCCAUUUCACUCAGUACCGUUAAUGUAUCUGGCUAACAUCCUGCAAUGUCCUUCGACCACGCUCAAUUUUGAAGUUGACCCAUAGCCGGAAGAGUCUCAUGCUGAGUGUAAGGCCCCCACUUCGAAAUAGGCUUAGGCUUAUGGCGAUGGCUUGCCUUAUCGCUGCAGGAACCAAUCGAUAUAUCAACUCUCGAUUGCCUUGCAGGACGAUCGCUGCCCCUUGCAGUUGUUCCUGGGCUGAUGCAUUCGCUGCUCGACUCGCGCUAUUGACUACGUCUGC